AUGGCAUCAGUGGGCAUUCGUUUCGAAGGAAAUGGUUUUUGCCGAUUUUUGGAAAAUAAUCCCAUCAAGAACGCCCAUUUGUUGCCAUCUAAUGUUAAGAUCUCUAGCGACUUAUUUAAAGUUUCAAGAUUCAGAAAAGGGAGGGUCUCAAUGUCAAUGAAGAUCAGUACAACGCCAGGAAUUGUUAAGACGGCUGAUUCUAAUUCUGACGGAACCAAUAAAUCUGCAGUUUUAUAUGAGAGGGUUGAUCAGUGGAUGAGAGAUUCUGUGGUGGAGAUUGUCAAGAACUUAAGGGAAGCGCCUCUUUUGGUUCAUGUGUAUGCGGAGGAGAGCGGUAAAACGACGAUGUUGAAGACGGAGAAGGCGGUGGUGGACAAAUGGCCAGGUUUGAUAGAAAAGUGGGAAAAGAGAGAGACCCAAUUGCCUGAAGGGGUGAUUUUUGUGGAGAAACUCGAGGAUCAUGAUAAAGAUGGUGACGAGAGAGAGGAAGAAGAUGUCACAAGGGCAUGGGGAAUCGUGGCGCAAGGGAGAGGAGUGGAUUGUAGGCCUGUUUGUUAUUUGUUGAAGACAAGCAAGGCUGGGGCUGGACCUGGUUUGGGAUUGUUUUGUACUCAUUUUUGUUUGAUGAAGGUCCAGAGUUUUAGAGAGACAGCAAGGUCUCAGUUCAAGAAUUGUUGGUUGUUGCAAGGGCAAUGA